AUGGAACCUACAAAAACUGCUAAUAAUAAUGCGUCUAUAACAUCAGAAGAUACUGGUGUCAGGACUUUAAUAUCAGAAGAUACUGGUGCCAGGACUGAUCUUUCUAUAACGUCUCCAAUUAACAUCAAUUUCUACACAGAUGAUGGCUUUAAUAUUCGAUGUCCAUAUGUAGAUUUUUGGGAAAUUUCUAUAAAAAAGAAAAUUGGACGCGGCACAUUUGGUGUGGUCUAUAAAGCGGUUUUACGAGAUAAAAAUGUAGCCGUUAAGGAAUUCGAUCAGAAAACUGAGAAAAAAAUAAUCGAAAGAGAGAUAAAACAAUUAUUUAGGAUAAAACAUCCCAAUAUUAUUGCUUUGUAUGGUAUAUCUAAUAAUGAAAAUUCAAAAUAUAUUAUAAUGGAAUAUGCCGAAGGUGGUACAUUACAUCAAUUUUUGCAUGGUAAUGUAAAGCCGUACUAUUCGAUGGCUCAUGCCAUGAGUUGGGCCAGCCAGUGUGCCAAGGCUCUUGCCUACAUGCAUGCCAUGAAACCGAAACCUCUAGUACAUCGGGAUUUGAAACCGCUCAAUCUUUUGCUUGCCGAUAGGGGAAGAUAUCUAAAAAUAUGUGAUUUUGGUACAGUUACCGAUCUUGUGACCAUCAUGACUAAUAAUAGUGGUUCUGCAGCCUGGAUGGCACCAGAAGUUUUUGAGGGUUCUAAGUAUACUGAAAAAUGUGAUGUAUUCAGUUGGGGCAUUGUGUUGUGGGAGAUAAUUGCUCGGGAAAAGCCCUUUAAAGAUUUCGAUAAUGCAUUUUGCAUUUUAUGGAAAAUACACAAAGGAGAACGACCACCUCCAAUACCCGAUCUACCAGAAUCCAUAACACAAUUAAUGAAUUCUUGCUGGGCUAAAACACCAGAAUUAAGACCUUCUAUGCAAUGUGUGGUAGAUAAAAUGAAUAUAUUAAUGCAAGCAUUUCCGGGAGCAGAUGAACCCUUAAAUUGUGACUUUAUGUAUCAAGAGUAUUUUAGUGAUAAUAGGUCUUUAGGGGAAGAUACUUUAGAUUCUUCUAAUUGCAAUGCAAUCGAUAAUGCAACAUCAUCUAGACUUAAAGUUUCUCGAAAUUUCCAAUUAUCCACAAUGCCAUUUAACAUAGAUAAGGAGGUCACUGAGACUUUAACAUCUGCAGAGACUAGUGCCUUGUCCGAUCCGUCUUUGCCGCCCGCUAUUAACAUUAAUAUCGAAAUCAAUGAUGGCUUAAAUAUUUUAUGUCCAUAUAUUGAUUUUUGGGAUAUUAAUUUGGAAGAGGAAGUUGGACGUGGUACUUUCGGUGUGUUUCACAAGGCGAGUUGGGGUGAUCGUUAUGUGGCCGUAAAGAAAUUUAAUAGCAACUCUAAAAUAAAUGCCUUCGAAAGGCAAAUAAAACAAUUUUCAAGGGUUAAGCAUUCCAAUAUUAUUGCUUUCUAUGGCAUAACCACCAAUGAAAAGUCAAACUAUAUGAUUAUGGAAUAUGCCGAAGGUGGUUCAUUGCAUCAAUUUUUACAUGGCAACGAAAGGCCAUACUACACUAUGGCCCAUGCUUUGAGUUGGGCACGACAAUGCGCACAGGCCGUUGCCUACAUGCAUGCCAUGAAACCUAAACCUCUUCUACAUCGUGAUUUGAAACCGCUUAAUAUGUUACUCACCGAUAAGGGAAGAUGUCUGAAAAUAAGUGGUUUUGGUACAAGUAACGAUCUUGUAACCAUAAUGACUAAUAAAAGAGGUUCUGCUGGCUGGAUGGCACCAGAAAUUUUUGAAAGUUCUAAGUAUACAAAAAAGUGUGAUGUAUACAGUUGGGGCACUGUGUUAUGGGAGAUGAUAGCGCGAGAAGAACCCUUUAAAGAUACCGGUAAUCCAUAUGGCAUAUUGUGGAAAAUAUAUAAAGGAGAACGACCACCUCCAAUAGAUAAUCUACCAGAACCUAUCGAACGGCUAAUAAAUUCUUGUUGGGAUAAGAAGCCGGAAUUAAGACCCUCCAUGGCGAAUGUGACAGAGAAAAUGGAUGCCUUAAUGCAAGAGUUUCCGGGAAUCGAUGAACCUCUAUAUGAUUAGAUUAUAAAUAAACAGAUUCUGAGUCCGCAGGAGAUUGUUAUACUCCUGAAAAUUAAAAUUUUUAGUAAUGUUUCGAAUUUUUAGU